AUGAGGAACACUUGCGUGUGGGAUCUCCUGCUAAACAAACUUGCUGCUUUUUAUUGUGUGUGGAUUUCUGCAGUGCACUGUACUUUCUCAAAAAAUUGUCAGAACUUAUGUACAAGUAACCUGGAAGAAGAACUUGGAAUUACUAACCUUUGCAAUGUUAGUGACAUCACUGGAGCAUGCACACAGGGAUGUCAGAUUUGGAAUGCAACGGUGCAAAUCAAUUGCCUGCUGGAAUGUAACAAGACAUAUACCAGAGCAUGUGAGACAGUUUCCUGUAAGUUUUGGUGUAGCAGUGCAGAGGAUGCAUAUGGACUUGAAGCACUAAAUUACUUGAACAAGCCUAGAGCACCAUUUGCAUCUACUAUUGGAAACCACGGUGUCACAUUGGGGUGGAAGCCAGCUAACAUCUCUGGGGUGAAAUAUAUUAUCCACUGGAAUUUCAGUCAGCUCCCUGAAGACUGGAGGUACACAGAGGUAGUUUCUGAAACUUCAUAUACAAUCAAAGACCUUCAAGCCUUCACAGAAUAUGUGUUUUGAGUAGUUUGGAUCACUACAUCUCAGCUACAGCUCCAUUCUCCAUCUAGUUCCAGUUACCAGACACGUGCUUUUGGAGUUAAUGAAUUGCACUCUCCUACGACAGCUCCUGCCAUUAAAGAUAUUUAGAAUUCAAGGCCAAACACUGUUGAAGUUAGCUGGUCUCCACCACUUUUUCCGAAUGAAUUGAUUGUUGGAUAUAACUUGCUCCUGACCAGUAGGAAUCAAGAACUGUUGAGAGCCUCAAGAGGGCAUAGCUUUCAGUUCUACUCCACCUUCCCAAACAACACUUAUAGGUUCAGUAUUGUGGCGGUUAAUGAGGUUGGUGCUGGACUCCCUGCCAAAGACAACAUCGCAACCCCAGAAUCCAAAGCUACAAGAGAAAAAGCAACAUGGCUCUUCCUAUCCAGAAACCAGUUUAAGAGAUACACAGAACAUUUCCUUGAAGCUGCCCAGUGCCUGCAAAAUGGUGUUAUACACCACAACAUUACAGGAAUUUCUGUGAAUGUCUAUCAGCAAGUUGUCUAUUUUUCUGAGGGGAAUUCAAUCUGGGUGAAAGGAGCUGCAAAUAUGUCUGAUGUAUCUGACCUAAUGCUCUUUUAUGCUGGCUGAGGGAAUAUUACGUCCAUCUCAGUAGACUGGCUUUACCAGAGAAUAUACUUUGUCAUGAAUGAAAAGAUACACAUCUGCCAUUUAGAGAAGUGCACAGCAGCUGAAGACAUCGCUCCUCUUUAUGUGACAUCCCCUAGGAAGGUUAUAGCUGAUCCCUGUAAUGGCUGUAUCUUCUGUCUCCUGGAGGAUGGCAUAUACAGAGCAAACCUUCCACUCUUUCCUGGCACUGCCUCCACAGCUUCACCAGUAGUGAAAUCCAGCGCUCUGAGAGACUUCAUGAUCAGCUUCCAGUCUAAGAGAUUAACUUUCUUCAACAAAACAGAACAGGCCUUUGUGUCAGGUUUUCUUGAUGGUUCAGAAUUUCACACGCUGCAAUCACAUGUGCCACUUAAUGACAUGGAGAGCUUUGUUUAUGAGGAUAACAUGUUUACUGUCACAGAUGGCUGGGCAGUUUUCCAUGAGGAGGUCUCUCCAGUGGGGAGUUCUAGCUUCAAUGAGUAUGUUAUUGAUUGCAGUUUGGCAUAUCCAGAGUACUUUGGCUUUGGCAACUUGUUUUCCUAUGGGGCAUCAACCCAGCCUUUUCCUUUACCAACUCCUCCUUGGCUUUUCAUGGCGCUAUUUGGAUUGGACCAAGCUGUGAUCAGCUGGAGACCACCUGAACACACUAUUGGAAGCAGUCUAUCUGCUUGGCAGAACUGGACCUGUGAUGUGGAACUGUCAUCUUGGCAUCCAUCUGAGGAGGAAUGGGUUGUCUUAUAUGAAGUGUCAGUCAGAGCUUUGUCUCCUGCUGGUGAAGGGCCAUGGUUGGAGUCAUUUAGAGGCACAACUUUAGAAGAAGCUGAAGAAGAACCAUAUAUAUUGGCAGUGGGUGCUGAAGGGCUCUGGAAGCAGCGGUUGGAUAGCUACGGGCCAGGAGAGCUCCUCUAUCAUAUAAGAAAUAUUGCAGACCUCGAGUGGUAUAAUGACACUCUUUAUUGGAUUAAUUCCAUGGGGGAAGUUCAGACCUGGUCAUUGAACAAAAGAGAGGGUACCACUGAGAAUACUUACGUAUCUCAUGUCAGAAAUGCAAGGAUGUUGGCCUUUGACUGGUUGGGUCAGUGCUUGUAUGGGGCUGGCAAAACAAAUACGAUCUACAGAAAAUCACUGCUGGGAGGCCAUAUGGAUGUUGUGGCUUAUGUUGUGUUCCUAGUGAAGGAUCUAGUAGUGGAUUCAGUAAAUGGCUAUUUGUACUGGGCCACACUGUAUUCAGUGGAGAGCACAAGACUGAAUGGAGAGGAGUGUCUUAUAUUACAGGAGCAGCUACAGUUUGCUGGUAAACAGGUGGUUGGUUUAACUUUGGAUCUCACCUGUGGUUUUCUUUACUGGCUUGUGCAAGAUAGUCUAUGCCUAAACCUAUACAGAGCUUCUCUUUGCAAAGAAGGCUAAGUAAAUGUGUAGCAGAGUUGUGGUAAUGCCCUCGUCACAGAAUUUGCAGCAUGGAGUACUUCAGAAAUAUCUCAGGGUGUACUGGAAUACUACAGUGGUCGUCUGUUCUGGAUUAAUAGUCUUCAGUUCAUUGCAACUCAAGAAGUCAAUCAGAGCCUUAGCAUUCCCUUCUUGCAACCAGCAGAGUUUGCAGCCUUUAUCCUUGUUCACACAUCACUUAAACUUUUGCCAGGAUUUUUUUCUUUUACACCAAAAGUGAUUCCAGAUUCAGUGCCAGGGUCUUCCUCCAGAAUUAAAGGAAAUUCUUCAAGUUUUCACAUCACUUGGAGUCCCUCCAGAAAUGUGGAAUGGGGAACUGUCUUUUACUGUGUGGCAUCAAAAGUUCUACGUGUGAGGACUUUGGAGAGUGAAUGGUGCCUCCCCCCCCAACCGACGGUGCCAUCCUACCGAGUUGUUUGGCUGGAACCAUUUGCACUCUUUGAUUUUACCAACACUCCAUACACAUACUGGGGCAAGGCACCAACAACAUCUGUAUCCCUUCGAGCCCCCCUGAAGGAGGUGCCACAAGUGAUGACGGCUGCAGCACUCAACACCAGAAUCUUGCCUGUUCCUUUUGAGGAGGAGGGUGUUGUGGAAGAGGUCAACCAAUAUGGUGCUUACUUCUGGCACUGGUUUUGUGCAGAUGAUGAAGAGGAAACGCAACUGCAGAAUAUCCCUGUUAGCUGA